GGUGCAUUAUCAUUAGCUACCGUGUGAUUCACAUCCACAAUAUUUUCAUUUGGUGGUGUUCAGCCGCGCUGAAAUGAAAAUGCAGCUAUAAAUAGAAGAAGUGACCAUAAAAUAGAAUAAUAUGUAAAAGGUGGGCUUGUGAAGAAUACAUGGCUGGAAGCAUAGACGGGUAAAAUUUAUCAGGGCACUCCCUGUCUUUUGUUCAUCCUAGGAGAAUGAACUUAUCGUGCUGUGCACAGCCUUUCACUUCCUACGCAUGCACCAUAAAAAUAUUUUUGUCAUUACCCCCUAUGUCACAACGUGUUGACUUUGAGGGAAGCAGCGACAUAGGAGCGUAUGCCAUUUUAACAAACAAGUAUUGCAUUGUGGGCAAGAGCUCCUCACGAAACUUCUAUUCUUACUUCCAAGAACACCUCCACAUUCCCCUGGUGGAGACAACAAUAAACAGUAUAAAAACAGUGGGCAGUCUGUGUGUUGGCAACAAAAACGGUUUAUUGGUACCAAGCACGGCAACUGAUCAGGAACUGUUGCAUCUGCGUAAUCUUCUGCCCGAAAACGUAAGAAUAAAGCGAAUUGGCGAGCGCUUGAACGCGCUGGGCAACGUUAUUGUGUGCAAUGACUCGGUGGCAUUGGUCCAUGGUGACAUUGAUGAUGAGAGCGUGAAGAACAUUGAGGAGGUUCUUAUGGUCGAUGUGUUCAGACACAACAUUGGUUGUGAGCCGCUGGUUGGCACGUUUAGUGCGAUGAAUAACCAAGGAAUGUUGGUGCAUCCCCGUACAUCUGUCGAAGAAAUUGAUGAAUUGUGCAAUCUGCUUUCCGUCUCAGUGGUGGCCGGCACGAUAAAUAAGGGCAGCUCGGUUAUAGGUGGUGGCAUGGUGGUGAAUGAUUGGAUAUCCUUCAUGGGGCACAGAAGUACUGCCACGGAAGUAACGGUCAUCGAGAACGCGUUCAAGCUUGUUGAUGGGCGUGAUGAUGAAAAUUUAAAGAAAGUCUGGGUCGAGAGUAUGGUAAAUUAAGUUUCAUUGAUAACAGC